UUAUCGCCGAGGUGCUCGAGGAGUUUCGGGCUUUCUCACCAUCCCCACUCUGCACCUCCCAGUGGCCCCGGCCCCUCCAUGCUCUGCACAGGAAGUGGGCCGGCCCGCGGUCGUCUCUCCACUACCUGAGCUGUCGGAGCCCGAGAUGGCCGAGGCCCCAGCAGCAGGGAGGACCCCAGGGAGCACACUGCCACAGCCUCAUGUCUCAGCCAGGCCUUCUUCCACCAGCUUCAGUCUGUGCCUGUGAUGGCGGCCCCAGCUCUGCCCUGGUGCCUGGUCCUCCUCUCCCUCCUCCAGCUCCUGACGACCCCCCCAGUGUCUGCAGAGGUGACCGACACUUCCCCGCUUGAGUGCUUCUACAACUCCCGAGCCAACAUCUCCUGCCUGUGGCACCAGGAGCAGGGUAUGCAGAACACCUCCUGCUACAUCCUCGCCAAGUCAGACAGCCGGUCCUGGAACAACACCUGCAAGAUGUUCCCAGUGAGCCAGACGUCCUGCGCCUGUAAUCUGGUCCUCGGACCCCCGACUUCUCAGGUGCUGACCUCGGCGGAUAUCAUUACCGCGCGUGUCAUGUGCUGGAAAGGCGGACAGUGGCGAACGGUGCUGACCAAGAACUUCAAGCCCUUUGACUACCUUCGCCCAGUGGCCCCCAGCUCCCUCCAGGUCACUUACAUGGACACCAACAGAUGCAACGUCACCUGGCGCCUCACCCAGAUCUCCCACUACAUUGACUCCUGCUUGGAGUUUGAGGCCCGGACACGGCUGCCAGGCCACAGCUGGGAGGAGGCCAACCUGUUGAGUCUGAAGCAGAGGCAGCUCUGGAUCUUCCUGGAGAACCUGGUGCCUGAUACCCAGUAUGAGCUGCAGGUGCGGACGCGGGCCCAGCGAGGCCUGCACACCGCGUGGAGCCCCUGGAGCCGGGCCCUGGCCUUUAGGACCAGGCCUGCAGCCCCCAGGAAGGAGUCCCUGCCCCUCACUUGGGUGCUUGGCCCUGCCCUGAGCCUUGGGCUGAUCAGCGGCAUCAUUAUCUCUGUGUACUUCCUGGUCAGCGCCAACUGCCUCGGGCCUUGGCUCAAGAAGGUUCUGAAGUGCCACAUCCCAGACCCCUCCGAGUUCUUCUCCCAGCUAAACUCCGAGCACGGAGGGGACUUCCAGAAGUGGCUGUCCUCGCCCUUCCCCUCACCCUCCUUCAGCCCGGGGCCCCUGGCGCCUGAGAUCUCGCCGCUGGAAGUGCUGGACAGGGACACCAAGGCCACGCAGCUGCUCCUGCUGCGGCAGGACACCGCGCCACUGCCCUCGCCUGCACCGAGCGGCCACUCCCAGACCAGCUGCUUCACCAACCAGGGCUACUUCUUCUUCCACCUCCCGGAUGCCCUGGAGAUCGAGGCCUGCCAGGUGUACUUCACCUACGACCCCUGUGCUGAAGCAGAGCCCGAGGAGGAUGCACCCCUGGGGUCCCCCCUUUCACCCCUGCCACCCCUGCCAGGAGAGGACGAUGCGUACUGCACCUUUCCCCCCACGGAUGACCUGCUGCUCUUCUCCCCCAGUCUCCACAGCGCCCCCCACAUUCUCCCUGGCCCAGCUGGGGCCAGUGAAGGGAAGCUGCGCCCCUCCCUGCAGGAGGGGGCCCCUCAGGACUGGGGCCCCCCAUCCCUGGGGUUCCCCAUCCCAGCAGCCCCCAACGCAGUGGGUUUCCAGUCACCCCUGGAGCAGACUCUGGGGGAGGCUGGGGAGGAGGCGCCUGUCCCAGAGCCCGGGGACGGGGGUGGCUCUCCCAGGCAGGGCCCGGUCAGGCCCCCGACCGCUCCCCACGCUGACACCGACGCCUACCUGUCCCUCCAAGAACUCCAGGCUCAGGACCCAGCUCACCUGGUGUAGACAGAUAGCCAAGGGUGGAAGGCAGGAGGCUGCCCACUGCAGUGCCAGGACUGAGGGAGUGUCCGGAGGACAGUCCACUGUGGAGGACGUCUCCACCCAGGUGUCCCCACCCGGUGCCACUCUCGACCUCCCCCUGGGGUAGAGUGGGAGGCUGAUCCCCCUCCCUCUCUCAUCACUGAGUCCCCAGAGCUUUGUCUCUGAAGCAUCGGCCUCCCAGCCCGCAGUCACCUGCUGCCACCAACAUCCCCCGACCUCCCCCGAUCUUCUUCUUCAGGGCAUCGCCACAGUGGGCUCCACGUGUCAAUAUGGCCAGUACAGCCAUGCUCCACACCUGCUGCAAACACGGUGUGGCUCCCUGCAGCCCUUGUCACCUUCCUAAGCUGCCACUUGCCCCUCCGUGCUAGGACAGUCCCUUCUGAGACCCUCACAAGUGGCUUCACCGCAGUGCUGGUGGAGAAGGGGUCUCUCCUGACCUAGGAACAGACAUAAAUCCCUGUGGAGUGGAUGCUUCUGGAGCUUUCCACAGUGGCCUUACAGACUCACAAAGGAGGGGGCUGCUGGAAAAUAAACCAGGAGUCCCUGCAGCCCAGGCAGCAGCCGCCUCCUCCGAGCAAGGGGUCCCCACCAUGGGCAGCUCCCACCCACCUUCCGGCCAGGGCUCUUGCCCUCAGGAAUUCCCCAGGAUGCCUGCACGCAGCCCAGCAAGAGGCCAAUCCCUUCACACUGCAGUGCUCCCUUCCUACAUGGCUGGCCCUACCUGCUCAGUGUUCCCACCACCGCUCUGCUCCCCUUCCCUCUGUGGCUGCCACUGUUCACGUGUGAUUACCACCCUACACCCCUGAGAGGAAGACCUCCCAUCCCCAGGUGACUGGCUUGGGACCAAUAGAGUCUGCAUUUAUAGGUCUUUCUUGCAGCCAAUUGGACAUCUAACCACAAGCCCACCCAUAGUCUGGCUAGCAGCCUAUGAGAUAGGUUGGCAAAAAAGCUUGGUCCUAUCAGGGAGGCUAGGAGUGAUCUAGCCAAUCAGAUUAUCUCGGGCUAUUUAGCCCUUGGGAAGCGUGAGAGGCCCCUGGGAACAGUUGCUUGGGGAAAGGGCUCCCAGGAGCUGGGAGAGAGGGUCUGGGGGUCCUGACACAGAAACUCCAAUUGCCUGAACC